UUUAAUGAGAUCACCUUAAUGAACUCCGAAAAAUAUUUAUUUAAAAUUAAAAUGACUUUUAUUUGUGUUGUUAAUAUUUGAUUUUUUCGGAUGUGUGUCUGUGCUGCCAACGUAAAACCAACCCAAGUGAUUAUAAAACAAUUUGACGCUGAAUCUUGACUCUUUGCUUGUGUUUAGACCCUCAAACAUCUUACUAGCCCCUGAGCUACUCAAACAUUAUUAACCACAUCAACAUCAUGUUUUUACAAACCCAACAACCAAGGCCCUAAACUUUGCUAUCAAUUGGCGCUCCUUUGAGUCUACUUUUGGGAAUUUACCUACUUAAUUUUGCUUUAGUGCGAUAUCGGCCCCUUAUCAUACAUACCAUACACCACCAAAUCUAGCAAUGAAAAACUUCAGACGUUCUGACGCAAUGCAAAAAUUAUUUACUUCCGGUUUAAUGUCCGAUUGUAAAUUCGUCGUGGGUCCGGAUAAUGAAACUGCUGAAACCAUAUAUGGCCAUAAGGUGUUUUUUGUCCUAGUCUCCCCUGUGUUUGAAGAAAUGUUUAAUGGUAACUUUAAAGAAUCUGCAAAGGAUGCAGAAAUUCGCAUACACGAUGUCGAACCACGACAUUUUAAAAAUUUUUGUUACAUGAUUUACCAUAACGACGAUACUAUUUUUCGAACAUUAUUGGUGGAGGAUGUUGUGGAAAUCUACAUGUUGAGCCACAAAUACUUGGCCACUGCCAUAACAGCAUGUUGCAUUGAUUAUUUGGAAGCACAAUUGCCAACAAUGUCCGUAGAGGAUGUUAUAUUCAUGUUUCAGUUUACUUCGAGAAUGAAGGAAAGAGCUUUAGAGAAAUGCGUGCAUUCAAGAAUUAAACUUGUGGAAUUGAAAAAUAACCAAAAGUUAAUGGAGUUGGAUAGCAAUGAUUUCUAUAGAUUAAUUGUCGUUCUACAAGAAGCCAAGAAAACAUUGGAACUAUUCUCUAUUAUAGAAUUUUAUUUUAAAAACUUCAGUUUAGAACGAACGCUUAAAUUUGAUCAACCCCCAAGUAAAAACGAUAAAGAAGUGGAUUCACAAUUGCCUAGUAAUAUGUCCAGCGCUGAAACUCUUCUCAAGAAAUGUCUGAAGUGUCUCAACUUCGCAAACGUGGCGGCAACAGAAUUUAAAAGUGGUCCUGGAAAAUCUUCAAUUCUUAGCUUUGAGCAAAAGUACUUCAUUUUUUCUCAUUUGGGAUUUGGCGGUAAUGUUGUAUUGGAAUAAAUGUACAUUCAAUUCUAAAUCAUCGUACCCAUCAAGCAGAAUGAAUGAUUUACAAAAAAUAUUUGGGAGUUAUUUAUUUUAAUUCAUUAAUCAAAGUGCUAUACUAAGUACUUCAUACCUAUAAUAUGUUUUUCACUGAAAUAUGAAAAUGAAAAUUAAAUAAAAAUGUGUUUUAUAUAUUGCAA